GAAAUGGCGGAUCAAGGGUCCAUGGAUGAGUUCCUAUCGAAAGAAAUAGAUCAAAACAAAGUUUCAGCGUUAGUAGGGUCUCUGGAGUCACAGUUAGCUUCAUCUACAAAUAAAGAAUCUCUCAAGAUUGUUCCUGGGUCUACUUAUAAUAAUAAUCAUAUUGCUGGGAAUGCAUCUGUAGUUAAUGCUCCCAACACAAACACUGCAAGUGUGACUGUCAGGCCACAACAAACU